AGGAGGAAGGGCGUACCAACGCGACAAGAAAGAAGGGGGACCGGCGAAGAUUCCAUGGCGGCCAGUUACCCGUAUGGCCAGGGUUUCCCUGGGUCUGCAGGACAGGUUCCAGGAGCAACACAAGGUGGCUACCCUGGAGGCCAGUAUGGAGGUGGACUGCCUUCUGGGGGACCGUAUAGGGGCCCAGCACCUGGAGGCCCGUAUGGAGCACCAUCCAGUGGAGGACCGUAUGGAUACCCUUCCUCUGGCCCUGCUGGUGGAAUGUAUGGAGGUGGCCCAGCCCCAGGAGGGUCAUAUGGACAGCCUGCUAAUCCUUACGGUACUCCCCAACCUGGGCCCUAUGGGGCAGGUGGUUCUGGAGGCCACGUUCCCCCUGGCGUGGACCCAGAAGCUUUCUCUUGGUUCCAGAGUGUAGAUGCUGACCACAGUGGAUACAUCUCGACCAAGGAGCUCAGGCAGGCCCUCGUCAACUCCAACUGGUCUGCUUUCAGCGAUGAUACUUGCUUGAUGAUGAUGAACAUGUUUGACAAAAGCAAGUCUGGCCGGAUGGAUCUCUAUGGGUUUUCAGCCCUGUGGCGUUUCAUACAACAGUGGCGGAAUCUGUUCCAGCAGUUCGAUCGGGACCAUUCGGGAAGCAUUAAUGGUAACGAGCUGCACCAAGCUCUUUGCCAAAUGGGAUACAACUUGAGCCCCCAGUUUUCCCAGCUGCUGCUCUCCCGUUAUUCUCAGAAGGCUUCCCAUCCUGGCGUCCAGUUGGACCGCUUCAUCCAGAUCUGCACUCUCCUCCAGACCAUGACCGAGGCCUUCCGGGAGAAGGAUACUGGCAUGACAGGCAACGCACGGAUCAGCUACGAAGACUUCCUGAUGAUGUCGGCUACUCGCAUGUUGUGAAACCUUUCCUUUUGAGAAACAAAGGAUAGGGAUGGCACUGAGGACCCUGUAGAGGACUGUUGGCAUUUCCAGCAAGAUGGAGGAGGAAGGGCCAGCUUGUGGUGAUGAAGGAAAUUGAAACCACCAUCCUUUAUCUGUAUUUCUGUAACGCUGAUGCCUCAGUUCUGCAAAUGGAUUCUUUGAAAUUGUUCUGCAGCUGAUAUAUUUGAUCGUUGUGGAUUGUUGUUGCUCCGUAUAACUCCUAGGGAAAAAAUUACCGACACUACCAGUUUUCCCCAAUGAGGCGUUUUCCAAGAUACAUUGGAAUUUAAUUCCCAGAAUCCCUUGGCCGUGGUGGCUGGGGAUUCUGUUUGAGUCAAAGUCCAAAACAUCUGGAGGCACCAGGUCGGGGGAAAACAUCACUAUGGCACCUGAUACCCUCUUCCCUAGAGCUUCCUCCUUUGGCCCCAGGUAUAAAGUCAUAUAAACUUCACUUUAGAAUUAUCUUCCAGCUUCCGAGCAAGUAGCCUGGCAUGAUGAAUGAUGGCUCUUCCUUCUGAAUUUUCCACCGCAUACGGCUAUGAAUUAACAUUGGCCUGCCUUGGACAGAGCUGAUUUCCAAAGCAGAAAGUGCCCCGUCAGGACUGAGCCUGGGGCGUGCAACGCUUUCCUCUUUAGAGCAGCCCGGAUUCUGGUCCUCGGUGCCCAUUUCAAGUCCAGCUCCCAGUUUGCCAUUGGGAGGUAACCAGGCCUCCCACCAAAGUUUCUUUUUCAAGGGGGGCAUUCUUGGUAAUCUUCAUCUCCCUUUUCACUUCAAAACUGCAGGUGCUCUUGCCAAUCAUUAAUUUAGAUGCUUGUCUUUUCUCUUGCCAACAUUUUGCUUGUAAUCUUCAUAGUGGCCGAAAUCAUGGUUAACGAUGUGCCAGCCAGAGAUUUAUACUUGAAUAUAUCGUACAAUAAAAAAUCUCAAGCACUGUGA